AAAUUGAAUAAAAUUUGUAGUAGUUAGUUUUGAUUCCUUAAACAGAAAUUCAAAGGAAUUAUAUAUAGAUGACUGCCGCCAAACAAGAGAGACUCGAAUUGGCAGAGCUUCGUCAGGAACCCAUCAGCUUUAGUGAGCAGUUUCAUGCUGAGCAAUGUAGGCUUAAUCAUCAUUCACCCGAGGAUUUUCAUAGAUCCCAAUGGCAAUCGGAACUGAAGUCGUGUGGGUUUCUUAUCUACCGUUGGUGCUUGGCCGCCUUCUUUGGCUCUGGUUUGGUCACCAAUAUAAUACUCUAUUAUUAUAGAGGUUACUGGCUUAUCUAUCUGACCAACUGGGGUUUCGUUCUGUGUUCGCUAGCUAGCAUAACAGGUGCAAUUUUUGUGAGCAUAUAUCACUGUAAUCCGGAAAGAAUGAUGCGUCGCACCUGUUUGAUUAAAUGUUAUUGGGCUUUAUAUUGGACAAAUUUGAUCGUUUCGAAUAUCAUAUGUAUUCUCUACUGGAUACUUAUUUUUCCCCGUGACCGAGGCACCGAUAAUCCCAUGCGGCUAAAUACCUUGAAUAACAUAUGGACGCAUGCGUUGCCUCCGUUCUUCUUCACAAUAGAUCAUAUGGUCGUGGCGCAGCCGGCGCGUAUUAUGCACUUUAUUUACCCGCUGGGAUUUUCGCUUGCUUAUGUGGCAUUUUCCUGUUUAUACUAUUUACUUGGAUACCGUGAUCCACGUGGUCACGUCUACAUAUAUCCGAUGUUAGACUAUAGAAAACUGGGAAUAGCCAUUAGAACCAUUGCCCUGACAACAAUUCUCCUGAUUACCUGUUCGAUUUUACAGUAUGGUGUCUACCGACUGAGAGUAUUUAUAGCGCGCAAGCUUAAUAGACUGCAGUAAUUCUUGCAUAUAUAUCAGAACUUGCUACUCCUUUUAAUUGUAAACGAUUAAAGCUAGCUGGCCUCGUC